AGCUGGGAGCACUGGACGCUGCUGCCCUCCCGGAUGUUUAAUGUUUAACGUCUUUUAGAGGAGCACAAGUCGGCACUAAAAGUGAACCCGGGACGCGCUGAACGCUUUUUAAUUAAAACCGUGUUGUUCAAGUUUUAGUUGACGCUCGUCCGGAAGAAACCGGUCCCGGUCCGUGUAGAGAUCCGGUGCCAGUCCGGGACGGUUCAAAGUGCGUGAUGCCAGUGAACGGAGGGGGCCUGCUCUCCCUGAGCAGAUAUCCAACUCAGUAUUUAACCAAYCCGGUCAUGGAGGAGACGGUGUGGGAGCAGUACACAGUGACCCUUCACAGAGAUCCAAAGAUGGGUUUCGGUAUCGCGGUCUCCGGAGGACGGGACAACCCGAACGAGGAAACGGGCGAGACGUCCAUCAUGGUGUCCGACGUCCUGCAGGGAGGACCUGCAGACGGCUUGUUGUUUGAGAAGGACCGGGUGGUCCAGGUGAAUGCCGUCGCCAUGGAGGGGGCUCAGCACUCCUUUGCCGUUCAAACCCUCAGGAAGUGYGGGAAAGUGGCCAAAAUUACCGUCAAACGUCCCCGGAAGGUUCCGGUGAACCUGAUGAACCGUCCUCCGUCCCCUGACGACCGGGUUUUCAACAACGACUACAACGAUGACUACAACUAUGACCGCCGCAGCGUCGGGGCGCGGGACUACAGCCCGGAGCAGCGAGGCGGCUACCCGGACUCCGGGUACCAAACCCGUGACUACGACCGCGGCCGGAUCACAGACCGGGACCUGAACCCGAACCGCAACUACAAGCGAGACGGGAGCCGAGGACGCACCCUGGACCGGGAGCCCAGCCCCGACCGCCGCUACAAGAGCGACAACCGUCUGGACCGCGACUACAGCCCCGAGCGGCGGUACCAGGACUACAGCCCGGACCGCCGCUACCGCAGCGAGCGGGCCCUGGACCGGGGCCCCAGCCCGGACCGCCGCUUCCGCAGCGAGCGGACGCUGGACCGUGACCACAGCCCCGACCAGCGCUACGGGCGCGAUGGCUACAACCCCGGCUGGGGGCGGGACCAAGACCCGAGGAAGUUCGACGAGCCGGCGAGGCGGAGCGGGAGCCGGGACCGACUGGACCGCUCGCCGUCGCCUCCGCCUGCGCCCAUCCCUCUGCCCCGCCCCCCCAGAGACCUGGAGCCGCUGGAGAAACCUGUGAACGUGCUGCUGCUGAAGAACCAUCCCAAYGAAGAGUACGGUCUUCGUCUGGGCAGCCAGCUCUUCAUCAAAGAGAUGACCAGCACYGGACUCGCCGGUCGUGACGGCAACCUGCAGGAAGGAGACAUCAUCCUGAAGAUCAACGGCACCGUGACGGAGAACCUGUCCCUGAGCGACGCCGGGAAGCUGAUCGAGAAGUCCCGCGGGCGGCUGGCGCUGGUGGUGCAGAGGGACCGGCGCCAGGUCCUGAUCCGGAUCCCGCCGAUGGUCGACAGCGACUCGGAGUUCGAUGAUAUCUCUGAGAUCGAGUCGUACCGCUCUUAUUCCCCACAGGAUGACAGACGGGUUCACCACUCCGACCUCUCGUCCCACUCGUCCAACGAGAGGAUUCGAGACAAACCCAGAGAGGACCCGCCUAACAGGUUGGCAAAAAUGGGCGCCAUGCCGACGCCAUUCAGAAGUGCAGAUAGAAAUGUUGAAGACACGCCCCCUUUGCAAGCAGAGAGGGAGGAGCCUCGAUCUGAGACGCCACUAGCUGCACCAGCCGCCGCCCCGAGGGUCCAGGCUCCAUCAAAGGUUCCCCUAAAGCCAAGCGCAGAAGACCAGGAAGUAUACGGCCCCAACACGUUGAUGGUGUGUUUCAAGAAAGGCGACAGCGUGGGUCUGAGGCUGGCGGGAGGAAACGAUGUCGGCAUCUUCAUCGCUGGCGUCCAGGAGGACAGCGCGGCCGAGCAGGAGGGCCUCCGUACGGGAGAUCAGAUAAUGAAGGUGAACAAUGUGGACUUCAGAGGGAUGGUGCGAGAAGAAGCCGUUCUUUACCUCCUGGAGGUCCCUAAAGGAGAGGAUGUCACCAUUCUGGCUCAGAGCAAACCUGAAGUGUACGAGGACAUUUUAGCUUCUGGCAGAGGAGACUCGUUCUUCAUCAGAACCCACUUCGAGUACGAGAAGGAGGCUCCGCAGAGCCUUCCCUUCAGCAGAGGGGAGAUCUUCAAAGUCACCGACACGCUUUACGACGGCAAGCUGGGCCACUGGCUGGCCAUCCGCACCGACAAGGACAACCAGCUGCUGGAGAAAGGAAUCAUUCCCAACAAGAGCAGGGCGGAGCAGAUGGCCAACGUCCAGAACGCCGCCCGCGCCGCGUCGGGCAACGACAGAGGAGACUUCUGGAGGCUGAGGGGUCAGCGGGCGGCCAAGAAGAAGGACCUGCGUAAGAACCGAGACGACCUGAGCGUGGCGCCGGUCAGCACGCGCUUCCCCGCCUACGAGAGAGUGGUUUUACGUGAAGCUGGUUUUAAGAGGCCCGUGGUGAUCUUUGGGCCCAUUUCUGACGCGGUGAAUGAGAAACUGGCCAACGACCUUCCAGACGAGUUUGUUGUUGCCAAAACGGAGCCGAAGGACGCAGGAAGUGAGAAAUCCUCUGGAGUUGUGAGACUGAACACCAUCAGACAGAUCAUUGAAGAGGACCGUCACGCUCUGCUGGACGUCACUCCCAAAGCCGUGGACACGUUGAACUACACGCAGUGGUACCCCAUCGUCAUCUUCCUGAACCCGGACAGCAAACAGGGCGUGAAGACCAUGAGGAACCGCCUCAUGCCCGGGUCCAACCGCAGCGCCAGGAAACUCUACGAGCAGUCCGUCAGGCUGAAGAAGACCUGCUCUCACCUGUUCACAGCAACGAUCGAUCUGAACUCUGCGAACGACGCGUGGUACGGCAGCGUGAAAGACUCGAUCCGGGAGCAGCAGGACCGAGCGGUCUGGGUUUCUGAGGCCAAGAUGGACGGUUCAGAGGAGGACCUGGACCUCCACGACGACCGCAUGUCCUACCUGUCGGCCAUGAGCGCUGACUACCUCAGCAUGGACAGCCGCCUGACCAGCGACUACGACGACACGGCGGACGAGGGCGGAGCUUACACCGACAACGAGCUGGACGAGCCCAUGGACGAGCCGCAGCCCGUGUCGGCCAUCAGCCGGUCGUCGGAGCCCGUGCUGCCGGACGAGAGGCCCCACCCCGUUCCCCCACGUAUGAAGAGAGCAGGAAGUAGAGAGAUGCUCAGCAGAGAUCCCAGCCCUCCUCCUUCUUUUGUCCCUGAACCCCCGAAGGUCCGGUCCCAGACUCGCUCCGACUCGACGCGGAGCUACGAGUCUCACUCCAGCAGCACCAUCAGCAGCGACGCCGCGAUCGUAAACAGACCGGGUCCCCCGCCCGUGGCCCUGAAGCCCACCGUGGCCCGUCCCAACCAGCCGUCAGAGGAUCAGAGCACAAAGAAAGAGCAGGGGGAGGAGGAGGACCCCGCCAACAAAUCCUUCCUGGGAAAGCGGGCGGUUAAUCAGAUUAAAGCCUUUGAGAAGAUGGACCACCUGGCCCGAGCUCAGAGGCUCCUGGAGCUGCAGGAGGCGGAGAACGCUCGAUUGGAAAUUGCCCAGAAGCAUCCAGACAUUUAUGCUGUCCCAGUGAAACUGCCAAAACCCAACCUAAACCGCCCGCAGCCGAUUGGGUCCAACGCCGAGCCGCAGGCGAUGCCCAGACCUCCAUACUCAGAGACCAGAGGACACGAGGACAGGGAGGUGGAGUACCGGCGCCAGCUGUCCGACCAGGCCAGGAAGGGAUACUACAACCCUCAGAAAUACAACGACACUGAGCUGUGAGGCGCCCAGAACCAGGAAGUAAGCCCGUGGCUCCGUCACCCGYCUGGUUACAGCUUCUCUGAACUCUUUACUUGCAGUCACAUUUCCUGCCGAGACGUCCGCUUCAACACUGAUUUCAGAUUAUCUUUUGUUUUUAAUUAUUUUUGAAGCUGUCGUCUUUAUGUUGUACAGAAAGUGUGCGUCUGGUUCUGUUCUUCACGAGUAAAAUGUUCUGGUGUAAAUAUUCAGUUUGUUUCCGUCUAGUUCAGUUUCCUUUUUAUUAAACCCAGUUUGAGCCUCCGGUGUUGGACUGUUACCGCUGAGCCACAGAGGAACUGUUCAAGUCCAACAGGGAAAAACUGUUGAAUCUACCAGAAAUAAAGAGGGGUUUGAGGUGGCCGCAACUGAAUUGAGAAGGAUUUGAGACACUUGCAACUAAAUUGAGAGGUUUAAGAGAUCUGCAACUAAAUUAAGGAUUUAGGAGGCUUACAACUAAAUUAAGGUUUUAAGAUGACCACAACUAAAUUGAGAAGGGUUUGUGACGCUUGCAACUACAUAGAGAAGGGUUUGAGACCUUCGCAACUAAAUUGAGAAAGGCUUGAGAUUCUCGCAACUAAACUAAAAAAAUUUGAGAUGCUUGCAACUAAAUUGAGAGGGGUUUGAGAUUCUUGCAACUAAACUAAGAAAAGUUUGCGAUGCUUGCAACUAAAUUGAGAAGGGUUUGAGACUCUUGCAACUAAAUUGAGAAGGGUUUGAUGCUCUUGCAACUAAAUUGAGAAGGGUUUGAGAUUCUCGCAACUAAACUGAGAAGUUUGAGAUGCCCACAAUUAAAUUGAGAGGUUUGAGACUUGCAACUAAGCUAAGAAAAAUUUGAGAUGCUUGCAACUAAAUUGAGAGGUUAGGGACGCGUGUAGUUAAACUAAGAGUUAGUUUAGUUUUAAUUCUCUGUCAUCAGAUUGUAACAGUCGGCACAGGAGGCGGACGUUUCUUUCACCACCCUAUGGAACAUCUCAGAUCUAGUUUUCACAUUGAUACUGUUCUGUCAGUCCGUUGCUCGCCUCUACAUUUCACGCUGGACACUUGGUCCUCGGUGCGCUGUACGUGGGUGGAAGCUGUGCACUCUGGGAAAACUGUCAAGUGCCUUCUCGUUUUACCUUCUGAAGACUGGCUUUGAAAAUCUGAACCCAGGUGACAAUCCUGUGCUGUUUUUAUUCCUUAUGAUUAAAGAAUUAUUUGUAAACUUGAAAUGGAAACACCUGCUGUUACUUUCUUUGAGCUUCAAAUCCAAACUGGAGUUGAAGUUACUCCAAACACAACUGUUCCUAUUUGUGUCUGUGUUGAACUGAAAAGCUCCUGUGAGUCCUGAGCUGGACCUGAGGCAGAGUCGUCACCUUUUUAUUGCAGAUAUUUUUGUACCGAAUCCAAACCCGCCGUGCACGAGUGUCGGGAACCUGGUGACAAUCAUGUCUUUUUGUUUGUGACUUUCACCGUUUUGUAGUGUUUGACCUCCUGAGUGUUUCACUACUCGCUCUCUGAAAAGUCCAAUAAAACGUUUUUUUACACACUG